AUGAGCAUGAACGAGCACCACACAGGUGAUCACUUUCAAAUCCGCUUCCAACGGCACAAGCCCGCACCCACCUCCAUCAUGCAGAAGGCCUCGUUCUUCGCCGCCCUCGUCCUCGCCAUCACCGGCCCCGCCAUCUUCGCUGCUGGCCAAGAAUCGACCAAGGCGGCGCUCUUCCUCGGGUCGUCGCAGGACCUCGCGGACAGCGUCAUCUGCCUCAGUGGCCAGUCAACCUGCCGCAGCCUUCGCGAGCUCGAGGGGGAAGCCGAGGAUCUGGCCAACUAUUCCAUCCUCAAGCCGCUCAACGAGACGUCGGGGGACAAGGAGAUGGUCUGCUUCGGGCCCUGUUGUGCCCGUUGCUACCAGUACCGCAGUCGCCGUCUCGAGGAGGUUGUGGACGAGCACCGCCGCCUCGAAGUGUCGGGCAAGAGCCAAGUCCAGGAGAUCGCGUGCGUCAACGAGCCCUGGGGACUGCAGUGCAACUAA